AUGGAGGCCAGAAUUAUGGCCUCCAUGGGGACCAUGGUCUCGCGGAUCGUCGCGGAGGCGGUGGCACCCUUGGUGAGGCGCACCGUGGGAGAGAGAGCGGAGCCCCGGCAGGCUGGACCGAAGGAGACGGGCGUCGACACCGCGAAGAAGAGGAGGAAGAGGAAGAGGAAGAAGGGUGGUGGUGGGGCGGGCGGAGUCCCGCCAGCCCUCAGCCCCCCUCCGGCAGAGCAGCGGCCCGGUUCGGCGGUGGCUGGCCCGGCUAGCCGGGUUCCAGCUAGCGAGGUGGAGCAGCCGUGGUCGAAGGUGGUGGGAAGGAGGGCCGCGAGGUCAACCGCCCAGCCACCGGCCCCCGCGGGUAAGGGCAAACCCGCCCCAUGUAGGGUGGCCAGCGGGGGGGGCAAACCCGCGACGGGCAAACCCUACCCGCCCGGCGGUCGACCCGGCGCGAAGAGGCCGAACCCCCCUAAGUCGCCCAAGACGGCGGCCGUCGUCAUCACGGCCGCCGACGGCGACUACAAGGGGGCCGUGGAGAAGCCGCAGAAGGGAGUGGACAUCGACGCCCUGGGGAUCGCCGCGCCGCGAGUGAGGACGGCCCUGACCGGGAGCCCUCAUUUACGAGAUUCCGGGGCCGGAGUCCGCCACCAAGGUGGACGAGCUGACCUCCCGCUUGGAGAAGGUUUUUGA